AUGUAUGCGGGUACGACUAUGGAGCUUCGAGAGGUCCAUCCUACUAGCAUCGACAGUCAUCGCUCUCAUUGUGCGCUGGAAGAACCCAUGCUACCGUCCCACACGAACCCACUGUUCGCGCCCCUUCCGCAUUACGGCCCGCCCUCGACGUCUCGAACGCUACAAAGUAUCUUGUUCCGCAUAUCGUCAUUUUGUCUGAGCCUCGUUUUUCUCGGGUCUAUUGUGAUAUGUUCCCUUGUGACAAGUAUCCCUCGUACCUGCAAACGAGCGUUUUACUGGUCAACGUUUCGUGACGUGGAUAAAAAUCGGCCACUAUACGACAAGGAGCAGCGACGCGCGAAAAUCAGGGCAUCCGAAGAGAGGGAAUGGGAGCUUCUUGGUCAAGAGGGCACAUCCCAGGAGGGGGAGUCAGAAAGAUUUGCUGAAGAGUUCCCGCCGAGCGAGGGCGGCAAGGAUCCCAUUGUGUGUGACAUUGGCUAUUAUGCGCGCCGAGUCGGCCUCGACGCGGAGCUUUUCAAGGUCCAGACCGAGGAUGGAUUCGUCAUUGAUCUAUGGCACGUCUAUGACCCCAAGGAAUACAACAAGCUCAGCGAUGAAGAAAGGGACUAUCAGGAUCCAACCAUCUGGGCCAAGAAUGGUGAGAAUAUAAAGAGACAGCGUCACAAUGCUUUGGACCGUAAACCCAAGGCGCCUGUGCUUCUAAUACACGGGCUCCUGCAGAGCUCAGGUGCAUUUUGCUGCAACGACAAUGACUCAUUGGCUUUUUGGUUGUGCAAGUCGGGCUAUGAUGUUUGGCUUGGCAACAACCGCUGUGGUUUCGAGCCGCGCCAUGUGUCACUGGACUACGGCGAUCCAAAUAUGUGGCGCUGGAACAUACUGCAUUUUGGGACCCUCGAUCUGCCUGCCCUGGUGUCUCGCGUUCUAUACGAGACAGGGUUCGCCAAGACAGGACUCGUCUGCCACUCACAAGGAACAACGCAGACAUUUGUGGCGCUGGCUAAAGAGCAAUGUCCAGACUUGGGCAAUAAGAUCACCGUCUUCUGCGCUCUGGCGCCGGCUGCAUAUGCCGGCCCGCUGAUUCGCAAAGUAUACUUUCGCUUCAUGCGCACCCUCUCCCCGAUUCUCUUCCACGUCGUCUUUGGUAUUCACGCAUUCAUCCCAUUUAUGAUGCAGAUGCAUGCUCUCGUUCCUCCGCGCUUAUACGGGUGGAUGGGCUACACUGUCUUGUCCUUUUUAUUUGGUUGGUCAGAUGCACGUUGGGAUCGGGGACUUCGUAACCGCAUGUUCCAGUUCUCUCCUGUCUAUGUGAGCGCGGAGUCGAUGCGCUGGUGGCUCGGCUGUGAUGGCUUUGCAAAACACAAGUGCAUUCUGGCCACCAAGGACGUGGUCCGAGCCGAGGACCGCAUUGAUGAAGCUACCAAUGGUGGUCCCUUACCUAACACGGUACCGACACCGGAGCUUGAACAGCAGUUGCCAGGUGCGACGGCCUGGUUCAAUGAACAAGCUCCCCCCUUUGCAUUGUGGGUAGCCGGUAACGACGACCUUGUUGAUGGGCGUAAGCUCCUGCGUCGGUUUGAAAGUGAUCUCGAGCCACAUGUCCGUGUGUGCCACAGUAAGAUCAUUGAGGAGUACGAGCAUCUGGAUGUCAUCUGGGCGAUGGACGCCAAAGACAAAGUCUUUGCCGAGGUCCGCGACGUUCUGUGGAAGAUGUGCGAUACACGGGACGAAUGUCGAGUGCCAAUAGGUUUCAGUAACCUCGAACCGAUGGAGGCCAAUACAGACCUGAUUCCAAACCAACACCUUAACAGAUUGGAUGCAAAUGUCUGA